AUGCCAGAAAAGAAAGAAAUUACAAAUGGUAAACAAAUUGUGUUUCUACAGACAUUUCUAGCCAUUGUUCGUGGCACAGGAAUGAAAACAAAAGUUCGUUGUGUACUUGAUUCAGGAAGUCAACGAACAUUUAUUCAUGAAAAUUUAUCGAAGAAAUUAAAUUUGCCAGUCGUAGGUAAAGAAAAAAUAAAUUUACACACUUUUGGUAAUGAUACUGCAGUGAACAGUACAAGAUGUAGGGUUAAAUUUCAGUUACGUAAUAUUGAAGACGAAAAUAAACAUUUGACUAUUGAAGCAUUAGAAUCCCCAGAAAUUUGUAAUGCUUUAAUAGAAAUUCGCAGCCAAGAACUAUAUGACCAUAUCCAAUCUUUAAACAUUAAAUUAUCUGAUUAUGAAGAUGGUGAAAGUAAUCAUCAUAAAAUUGACAUUCUAAUUGGAUCAGAUUAUUUUUGGGAAAUAGUUUCUGGUAAAACAAAACGUUUAAGUUCAUCGGUGAUGUUAAUAGAUACACUGAUGGGAUGGUCACUUCAAGCUCUUCGAAGUUUCGAAUCAAGUUUGACUUUUAAAGAAGGCCGUUAUGAAGUCCAGUUUCCAUGGAAACAUAACUGUAAUAAUUCGGAAAAUAAUUACGAUAAUGCUAAGAAAAGACUUGUUUCGUUGUUUAGAAGAUUUUAUAAGGAUCCAUUCUUGUAUGCUGACUAUAAAUCUGUGAUAGAAGAAUACUGUAAGUUUGGAAUCGUAGAAUCAGUAACUGAACAAAAUGAUACAGGUAAGAAUGCGAUAUAUUAUUUACCACAUCGCCCUGUAAUUCGAAAGGAUAAGAAUACAACGAAAUUGAGGAUUGUUUUUGGUGCUUCUUCGCAUCCUCCUCAUGCUCCUUUGCUAAACGAAUUGUUACAUCCUGGACCAAACUUAAACUCAGAUCUCUUAAAACUUAUAAUUAAAUUUCGAAUUAACCGAAUUGCAUUUAUUGCUGAUAUUGAGAAAGAAUUUCUGCAAAUUAGUUUAGUGAAGACUGAUCGUGAUGUUGUACGAUUUCUGUGGAUAGACGAUUUGCCAGAUAAUGUAUCUCAUAUUCAACCAAAAAUUCUGCGAAUGGCUAGAGUCCUGUUUAGUAUUACUUCCAGUCCAUUUCUUUUAGCUGCUGUAAUUAAAUUCCACCUGAAGCACUAUUACACUAUGUAUCCAGAUACUUGUUUGAUGCUAAAUGAAUCGAUGUACGUCGACGAUUUGUUAUCAGGAGCUCCGAAUGAAGAAGAAGCUUUCAGAAGAUCUAAAGAAGCAGACUACAUAAUCAAAGGAGUGGGAAUGAAAAAUUCGAAAAUGGAAAGGUAA